UUUCAGACAGACCCAGAUCCAGACUGACAGCAGGAACAACAACUGUGUCAGUAGGAGACAGAGUGACACUGAGCUGCUCUGUGGAGAAAUCUGCUGGUUGGAAAUAUGAGUGGUUCAGAAGAACCUCACACACCUCUGAAUACAGAAUCAAUGAUGGAGAAAAUGGAAACAUCAGAGUCUCACAAGGAGGAAUCUACAGAUGCAGAGGAUUUAGAGGAGAACCAGCCGUCUACUCUGAUAAAAGUGAUGAAGUCACCAUUAACAUAACCUUUUCCAACAAAGUGAGUGUGACCCAAAAACCCAGCUGGUCUCAGAUGUUCAGAGGAGAGACGAUCACUCUGACAUGUGAGGUUCAGGGAGGUGAAGGAGUUCAGUGGGAGUAUGAAUGGAGAACACCUCAGUCACAGACAUUCAGGACAAACAGGAAAGACUGGACAUUCACAGCUUCCAUCAGUGGAGACUACAGCUGUAAGAGCAGACCCACAGAUGAUUCCUAUUCUGCUACAAAGUGGAGUGAAGCUGUCAGAGUAUCUGUUUCAGCUCACAAACCAAAGGCUGAACUGAAGAUCACAGAGUCUCCAGCAGGGGAAAGAGUGAACCUGUACUGUUCAGUCAAACCUUCAUCAUCUGGUUGGAGUUUCUUCUGGUUCAGAGGAGAGAAACCCUCCAAACCACUGACCACACAAGAUGCUGUUUGCCUUUCAAAUGGACAAAUCAGUGUCUCACACGGAGGAGUUUACAGAUGCAGAGGAGGAAGAGGAGAACCAGUUUAUCACACAGAGUUCAGUGAUCCAAUCACUGUUGAUGACAAACCCAGACUGACAGCAGGAACAACAACUGUGUCAGUAGGACACAGAGUGACUCUGAUCUGCUCUGUGGAGAAAUCUGCUGGUUGGAAAUAUGAGUGGUUCAGAAGAACCUCACACACCUCUGAAUACAGAAUAUAUGAUGGAGAAAAUGGAAACAUCAGAGUCUCACAAGGAGGAAUCUACAGAUGCAGAGGAUCUAGAGGAGAACCAGCGGUCUACUCUGAUAAAAGUGAUGAAGUCGCCAUCAACAUAACAUGUGAGUGA